AUGUCGAUUCAUGUGCAGCUGCUCAGUGGCAGAGAGCUUGCAGUGAUUGACUUCGUGCCGGACAUGACAGUUGAAGCGUUCAAGGCCAAGCUCAAGGAGUGUCAGGAUGACUUUGACUCCUUGGCCGGCCAGGUGCGCGUGGUGGAGGUGAUCUUGGGUGGGCGAGCAUUGGAGGAUGACGGCGCGACGCUGCGGGACGCGGGGCUCCUUGAAGACUGCAAAGUUCAAGUGGUUUUUAAGGAGAACUCUGCCCACUGCGUGUGCAAAGCUGACCUUCCUAAGCAAUGCAAUGCGGCAGUGUUCUUCAGUGUCGAGCUGCCCAACGACGUCUUUCACAUUCCUGCCUAUGCAUUCAGUAAUUGUAGCUUCCUGAGAAAGUUGACAAUCCCAAACUCAGUGACACAGAUUGGGCCAUGUGCUUUCUUCGGGUGCAGCUCUCUGACAACUGUGACCAUUCCGAACUCAGUGACGCUGAUUGGGAGUUCUGCUUUCAAGUACAGCUCCCUGACCUCGGUGACCAUCCCGAACUCGGUGGCACGGAUUUUGAGUUCUGCUUUUGCAGACUGCGUCUCCUUGACCUCGGUGACCCUCUCGGACUCUCUGACACAAAUUGAACAUUCUGCUUUGAAAGGGUGCAGCUCCUUGACCUCAGUGUCCAUCCCGAGCUCAGUAACACACAUUGGGAGUUGGGCUUUUAGCAAGUGCAGCUCCCUAACCUCGGUGACCAUCCCGAACUCAGUGACAGAGAUCGGGGCGUCUGCUUUCCGAUGGUGCAAGUCCCUCGGGGUGACCAUCCCCAACUCAGUGGCAGUGAUUGGAGAUCAUGCUUUUCAAGGGUGCAGCUGUGUGACCGUGCCGAAGUCAGUGUGGCCCAUUGGAAACGGUGAUUUUGCACACCCCGGAAAGUUCGUUUUCUGA